AUGCCCGUUGCGUCUUCGGCUCCUCCGAUUGUGCUGAGAUCUUCUUGCUUCUCUUCCUACGGUUAUUACACCUCACCGGCCUUUCAUCCUGUGAUACCCGAUCUUCCAAAUCCUGGCCUGACUAGGGCUAACUCUCCGAUACAUGAGGGUAAAAAUACUUCCAAGUUCCGUCCAUCGCCGGCAGUCAACUUGAACGUCCUUACGAGAAAGCUUCCCGAAAGUCUAAGCCAGAAACUCGAUCCCACCCGUAGAACACGAGUGGACCACCUUGCGACAUGUGAUUCGACAUUCACCGCACCCCCCAGAAUCUUCGUCAGCCAAUAUAAAUAUCUCUGGAAGGAAAUCCCAUUCACCAGAGAGGGCUUUGGUGGAGCCGAUAUCACUGGAGGGGACAGUUUUCCUACAAUCCAGGACAAGGGAUCUAGACGAUGCGGCGUUUCAUUUUUUUUAAUGUUUUGCGCUGAAUUGGUUGAUCAGUUCUGCAUCCGCCAGGAGGUCUUUUUUUCAACAACGGAAGGGAAGAGGAAGUCUGGAGCGAUCCGAUCUUUGAAAACCCGGUAUCCGAUACAGACGGCGUGCGGCCUAGCUGGACGAUAG